GGGUACGUUAGCCUCAACUCCAUUGAUGCCAAUCACCUUGUCAUAUAUGCCGUUUACUUUUUUACUUCCAGGACAAAUUUCCAUCCUGUCUCCAUUAUUCUCUUCACCUUUGCUAACCUGUCACUCCACUCUGGCGGAGCCAAACGUAGAACAUUUUGCUUUGUCGGCGGAUCCAGCAAAAAGCCGACCAGGAACGCCUACAAUCACUGUCCUUGACGUAUAUGACAUCGCUGCUUCUAUCGGCAAAGAGUUUGAAGCAAUCAUCGACCGUCAUGGUCCGGAUUCUGUCUCCAGUCUUAUGCCAAAGGUAAUAAGCGUUCUGGAAGAGCUAGAAGAUUUCGCCUCUCGGUUCGAUUCGGAAGGUCGAGAAUUAGUGACUUUGCAACUGGCGGUCCGCCGAUUAGAGUUGGAGAAGUGUGAAAGAGUUAAUGAUCGAACCAGGAGUGAAAAAGAGUUUGAACAGCUUGAAGAAACAUGGCAGAAGGAGACUCGAGAAUUACUACAACUAAUUGAUCGUUUAAAAGAAGAAAAUGCACAAUUAAGAGAGGCUGUAAGAGAGCAACGUGAAUCGAAGGACGCACCGGCAGAUUUUCGCCAACGCACUACUGGAGCGAUUGAGGAAAUUCAGCUGAUGCUUCGUCUGAAAGAAGUAAUCGAUCGUCAAAAGAUUGAACUGAGGGGCCUAAGCCGACAGUUGGCACAGAGGAAUGUUGAUUUAGAUGCAAUGCAGCAGCAGGCCACGCGAUUGGCCAAACUGAACGCCGUCCUUCGUCGUCGACAUUAUGUGAGCAAAAAACAAACGGAUCAAUUGUUGAGUGAGAAGCAUGAUUUGGAAGUGACGUUGCGGACGAAAGAAGAAUUAAUCCAACAAAUGCGCGAUCAUGUUUGCCAGAGUCCUACCGAUCGAGCUGCUGAUCGAUCUCUAACAUGCGGUAUGACAGCGUCCUUGAUCAAAGAGCUAGCUUCACCCGGUACUCCGCCCGCGCCGUUGACUGAGUCGCAGCUUAUCGAACGGCUGAACACAGAGGACAAGAUGAUUACCAACGGCUCUGACCCCAACAAGCCUCGAUUCACAGUCCAAGAACUGCGUGACCUGCUGACUGAGCGAAACGAAUUAAAAUCCCGUCUAAUCGAAGUGGAAGAGGAAUUGUCGGUGUACCGAAGAGCUGGCUCACGGUCCUCAAUACAAAAUAGUAUUCCACCAGCAUGCAGAUGGGAUAGCGAACCUCCGGUUCAGGGACCAAUCAACCGAGAACCGAGCGACAAAGCUUUUGGACGAGUGGAACGAAGUUCAGGCAUCGCCCAGUUCUUCGACAGCCUUUUCUCCAAACUCUCCAAAUAGACAGUUUGAGCCAAAUCGAUGGAUCUCUCCAACUGGAUCACCCACGUGUUAAAAAUGCGAACAACUAUCUCACAUGAACCCAACAACGACACUGGUCACAAGUGAUAGUUCUCAUUCCAGUAUUUCCCGCAUUUCGUCAUCUAUCGGUGUACCGUUCGAUGCCUGUGUAAGGGAUUUGUCUACCUUUAUGCCCGAGAUUGUUUCGAUGAACAUCAUACCUCUCUCCGGUUUCGUUCAACUGAAUAGCUGCGCUCCAUUCUGCUGUAUGUUGAAUAAUAUUCAACGUGUUGUUGUCUUUCAGCUUUUGAUUUGGCUUACUUCAUCCUGAAUCGGACCCACAGCAGCAACAACAAAAACAACUGUUUCCAGAUUUUAUAUACCUUGUGUACCUUUGUUCGUUUUUUGCCAUUCGUUGUCUCCUGUGGUUACUACCACUUCAUGGCUAUUUCUAUUUCUUAGUGAGUUCUAUCAUUCCGGAAAUCUGCAUUUACACUGACUACCUUGACUAAUGAUCAUGUACUAGCCUGCCACUUCGUCCUGUCAAUUUCCUCUGGGCUUGCUUUAUUUUUUAUCUGUCGCCUGGUUCUUGUUGUCGCUUUACUUGUCAAUCUUUCCCCGUAAUUUGGACAUAUUGUGAUUGGCCGACCCAACUAGGUCGACUGAAGCCUGUAUUCAACUCAUAGUUGAGGUCAUCAUUCCUUUUCCUAUUGCACUAACUUUCUAUUCAUCCAACGUCUACUUUUCCUUACCUUUCAGGAUCGGUGUUAAUGACCGGUCUUGGCACGAGAAAUCAUCCAUUUG